CCUCAAUUGUUUGUUACCUAACCAAGCAAGUCGGGACAUGCACACGUGUGCAUCAAGUUGGCAGGUCAAUUGACAUUGAGCUGCGGCAAUCCUACCUGUGCGUGGAUAUAUGGUAUAUCCAGGGAUAUAAAAGCCGGCUAACAUGUCGCCAAAUGCAGCACUCGUUUCUGAACGCCCGUUGGCCAUGGACCAGAAGACAACGCAGCUGUUGAUGUUCCGCGCACCGUUGGACGCACAGAGUAAACUGUUUAUAUUCAAUUCGCCCAUCGACUAUUCGGAUCAGCAGCUGGUUGUGUAUCAAUAUUCCGGCAUGUUGGACGGCGACAGUGGCUAUUGUGUGGUCUAUAAGAGGGAUCAUUUUAUCAUCAACAAUCCGCCCAAUUAUCAGAGUCCCACCAAGCGCAGCUUUCUCAACGAGUGCAUCCGUCAGCUGUAUAUCAUCAAUGGACUGGCCCACAAGCUGCACUGGGCGCCCAACACAUCGCUGGCCAGCCGCCAGGAGCUGUGGCAGCAGGUGGAUCUUUGCCUGCAGCCGGAGCGUCUCAGUGCGCAAAGCGCCAGCCUGCAGCGGGUCAAGCGGCAGCUGUUCCGGGAGACGCGACGUCGCCGCAAAUGCACGCCCAGUGUGCGCGGCCAGGUCUGGGGCACACAGGUGUUAUACUUUAAGCCGAUGCGCUCGAAGCUUGGCCGGCGGAACAUACGUCGCGGCUACAUGACAGUGGCCAGACACAUUGUGCUCCAGCAAAUGAUACGUGAGAAUCUGAAGCGUGAGAUGAUCCACACGCCCGCGGUAUGCCAGAGCGUCAUCAACGCCGCCGAGGGCAUAUUCAAUAUGAACGCCGGUGUCAUCGGUGAGAUAUGCAGCUAUCAUCGGAGCGCUGCACGCCAUCAGCCCGCCGUGAAUUGUCACCUGAGCGACGCUGAGCUGCGUCUGCGCAACAACGAGGCCUGCCAGCUGACGCAGCGUGCCAAGCGUUUAGAGGCGAUGUUUCUGCACGAACAGGUGCGUCGCGCCGUACAGAAUCAUCAGCUCAUAUUGGAGGAGUCCGUGCGUUCCAUAUACUAUGCCAAGCAGCUGUUUCGUCUGAUUGAGGAUCACGAGGAGUUCGUCUACACGGACAAGCAGAUAAUGGGGCGUGGCUGUUGUUAGAUCAGUCUCCCACUCUCAUCCUC